AGCUUCAGCCCACUCUGACUCCGCACCUCUCCAAAAUCUCCUCCAGUUCGCCGCUUUUCUUCACCGCAAUGUCAGAUUUCAUGUGCCAAUUCGCUGCCGGGAUCUGACUCCGGCGCCUUUCUCCUCCCCUUUUCGCCGAGGAUAGCGGGCGGCGAUGCUUGGGGCAUUGGACGGCGGGUGCCACCCCAGCUGCGGAGAGAGCGGCGAGGAAGAGUUGGCGAUCCUACCGAGGCACACUAAGGUGGUGGUGACCGGCAAUAAUCGUACCAAGUCGGUUCUCGUCGGCCUGCAUGGCGUUGUCAAGAAGGCCGUCGGCCUCGGCGGCUGGCAUUGGCUGGUUCUAACUAAUGGUAUAGAGGUGAAAUUGCAAAGAAAUGCCCUUUGUGUUAUUGAACCCCCGACUGGUCAUGAGGAAGAUAGUGAGAUUGAAUGUGGCAACAUGCAGUGGAAUAGUUCAGUGUCUGAUGAUGUACAAGCUCAAAAGCCACACAUAUCGAGGGUCAGGCAUCGCAAAGGAUCAUCUUACAAAUCACUAAGCAGGUCUCAGUCAUGCGAUUCACAUUCCAAGGGAUCCAUUCUGUCAUCCAGGUGUAAGAUGAAAGUUGACUUGAGCAAGCUGGAAACAAGAGCAUUGUGGCGAUAUUGGCGGCAUUUUAAUCUUGUGGAUGCCAGUCCUAACCCCUCUAAAGAGCAGCUAAUUGAUGUAGUCCAAAAGCAUUUCAUGUCACAGCAAUUGGAUGAGUUGCAGGUUAUCAUUGGAUUUGUGCAGGCUGCAAAAAGACUGAAAACAAUCUGCAAUUGAAAAAGGGAAGUUUCUGCACACCUUGCUAACUGGUAGGACUUUCUGUAGCACAUUAUGUAACAUACAUUAACUGGAUUUGGAUGUUGGCACAGCUGGAACGACCUUUCUCAGCUAGGGUUCUUGCAAAAUGCUAGAAUUUCUUGGAGUUUUACCCUGGCUUUUGAAAUGCUGCAUAAGUUUUCAUCUCUGUCAA